CCAGUAACUGCCGCGGGCACAACGUCCGCGGCCCCAGCAGCCCCAGCUGAGCGACCCAGCCUGGCCGGGAUCCGCCCGCCGCAGCCGGGGGCGGGCCGGGCCGGUGGCGACGGAGGGGAAGGCUGCGCGGAACGGGCGGGGCUGUGCCAUGGUGCUGGUGGUGGUCAUGGGCGUCAGCGGCUGCGGGAAGUCGUUCUGGGAUCCCUGUCUCUCAGAUGUGCUGCAAUAAUGAGCUCCUUGUGCUUCUUUGCAGAACCACGGUUGGGUCGCGUUUGGCAGCAAAGCUGAGGUGGAAAUUCUAUGAUGCAGAUGACUAUCAUUCUCCAGAGAAUAAAAGGAAGAUGGCAGCAGGGAUACCGCUAAAUGAUGAGGACAGGAUUCCGUGGCUGUGUGCAUUGCAUGAUAUACUGAGGAGAGAAGAAUUAUCUAGACAAGAUGCGGUUCUGGCCUGUUCAGCACUGAAGAAGAUCUAUCGACAUAUAUUAGUUAGUGGAGCAUCUGCAAUUGGAAACAGCCUGUCAGAGAAACCAGGAGAAAAUGCAGCACUGAAUAUCCUCUUUGUUCAUCUGGAUGGUCCUGCAGACCUCAUUGCUCGCCGCCUGGAGAAGAGGAGAAGACAUUUCAUGCCACUGAAACUACUCCAGUCUCAGUUUGAUGCUCUGGAGCCUCCCACAGUGCCAGAAAACUUCAUUACUGUCAGUCUAGAAAAAUCUCUUCCUGACAUAGUGCUGGAGAUUGAGAAAGCCAUUUUUUCAGGGUGAGGCUUUUCCAAAUUAAGUUUCUAAAUUAUACAUGCAGAAAUUCCCUUAGUGAUAUCAUGCCAAUUUUAAUUGAUUUUAACUUAAUCAAUCAGAGCAACUGUUUUUUCAAAUAUUCAAGUGAAUACAAAACAAUGCUAAGAACUGGUUUGCUGCUCUUGGUAUUUUUGUCGUGGCUCUAUAAAAGAUACACAAAAUGAAGAUACACUGCCAAUACAUUUUAAACUCCUCACUGUGUGAACAUAAAACUUGUGUGAGUAUGUAAACACAGCCUGCUUUUGAAAAUCCCAUCAAAGAUCAUGCACAGUAAUUGAACUGUCAAACAUGGGGGGCAGGCAUAUCUAAGGUGAUUAUUUAAUUUACAGCCUUGUAAAAGCCUUAUGUCUAUUUUCAUGCAAGUAUAAAUGACAGGAAUGCACGUAAUGAAGUUCAAUGCCUGACACUGUCACUGUCUCACUGACAGGCUUUUAACACUCUUUAGUUUCUGUGAUUUACGUUCAUGGCUACCUCUCCAGUGCAGCAAGACUUCACGUCCUCUUUUAUACUUCCACUUAACUCCAAGCUGGAAGAUAUAAAGGGAAAAAGGUGGUGGUGGUGGUAGUGGUGGAAUAACGUACAAAAUGCAACUGUAUGAAAAGCUUUGGAAAUAAAUAAAAUAUUGUGGACAUCA